AACACUUUGAAUAUAUCAUUCUUGCUCUAACUCUCGACGAGUAGACAGCUAAUUUUAUAAACAAAGCCAUGGAGUUCCUCGUUCUAAUUCUCCUGCUUGUUCUGUUGUAUAAAGUGGACCAUAUCACAAGUACCAACACACACGAUGAUCGUAACCCAGGAUUGUUGUUUGAUAACCAUCCUGGUUACCUUCUGUCUUUACCCGCCAACAUGACCAAAGUCAAACAAAUAACUACCAAAGUCUCUAGCAAGAUGGAUUGUGUGUUCGCUUGUGUUAGGACAUCUUGGUGUCGUUCGGUCAAUUUUAAGAUCACAGCUGAGAUGGACGGUCGUCACAUCUGUGAGCUGAUAGCUACUGAUAACUAUACCAACACAAAGUAUUUGAAACAGGACGAGAAAUUUACUCAUUUGAACAUCAAGAAUCCGUGUGCAGACGAGCCAUGUCUUAACCAAGGAAUAUGUAUACCUCAUAGUAACGGGUUUGACUAUCGCUGCAAAUGUAAGGAAGGAUAUCACAUUGGAAAUAACUGUCAAAAGGUGACCUACCUCUUGGGUAGUCCCGCGGAGACCUGUACCUCCGCCUGCGCGUCCCGCGGGAUGUCCUGUAUAGAGGUUGGUGCAUUCCCGAACAAUGCAUUGUCCAUUUUCCACUCUAUCAAUGUGAAUUGUAAGACGCCUGAGGAUACGAAUUGGUAUCUUUAUAAGGACCAACCUAACUAUGUUGUUGCAAGCCACUGGUCAGAACGAUGCACGGGAUUUAAGGGACUAAAUGAGUUUGAACAUUCUACCCAUUGUGGUAUAGGAGGCAACCCAAUUGUACAGAGGCUUUGCCCGUGUAAAGAGCAAUUGUAGGCUAUAAGACACGACAAUCACGAGAGUGUUUUAUAGACAACAAUUUUCUUAGUAGAAAAGCCAUGGAAAACAAGCAUGUUACCUGCUGGAAGGAUUGGAUAUUCAAUGAUGAAGAUUUUGAAAAACUUUAUCAAUGUUCAAAUCGUGAACUGAACAUUUAACCUGUACAAACUCGUAACUGAGAAAACCAGCUUAUUGACAUUUUGAAUGCACAAGGAACCGAGAGACUGAAAAUUGAUUUGAUCAGUCAUAGUCGGCCAGUCAAGAGGUGUAACGGGGAAGGCGUGGCUAGUGUGCCUCUGUUUUGAUGGUGCUUCUAAGGGAUGAUUUGUCGAGGUUAAUGGGGAUUGAUCCACCCCUACAUGGGGGAUCUUGGAUGCACCCCCGCCUGUGAAGUAUCACGUCAUGAAUGUAACCUGUUUGGAUCUUAAAUAACAAGAAUCAGUCCUGGCGAGGAGGCGUCUAUUACUGAUUCGCAUAUCAAGCUUUACUCUAUAUCUUAGUGUCGAAGUUGGUGUAGAUAAAGCUCACUCCAUAUACUAUGGUAUGGUCAAUUCCAUAUUUGGAUUGCGCGGAAAA